AUCUCGAAACUUUACGCAACUAUGGAGGGUGCUUAUCUGUUAGCCACCUUAUCGGCAGCAAUGUUCAUUGGCAGUUAUCUGGCUGGGUCGAUUCCGUUGGCAUUUUCGUUCUCACAGAAUCGUAUUCGAUUGUUUAGUAUAUUUGGCGCUGGACUGUUGGUCGGUACGGCACUCUCAGUUAUCAUUCCUGAAGGUGUAGAGUCACUGUAUGGCGCAAAAAUGGGUUGGUUCUCUUUGAUACAUUUCAAGUUUCAACAACAGCAUCUUCGUAAAACCGAAGCGGGUGCUGCAGUCUUGGAGAAAAACGUGAAUGCUGGUGGAGGCGAUGGUCCACCGCGUGUGAUUCCACAGGAUGCGGUAUUGAAUCAAAAGUAA